AACCAUGCAUUUUCGCCAGCGGCAACGCAGGUGUCGGACGAUGGCACCUCGAAGGCCUCCUGCGUGGGAAGACCUGCCGCGCACCGUUAAUAUCCAAAGGGAGGCUCGCCCGCGGGAACCUAGCCGACCGUGUUCCCUCCCCAAGCCCCCAAAUACCCCCCUCCAUAAUCAACUUCGCGUCACAGUUGAGGUCGCACGACAGGUUCGGCCGACCAGUAACAGCCCAUCUACGGACCGUGGUGAUCUGCGGCUGCGCUGCGCCAGCACAUGUCCUAAAUGCCGACUGGCUGGCACUUCCCGGCCAGCCACUUAAUCGACGACAUUAAUAAUGACUGCGCAUGCUCAGCCUACUUGACGUAACCUGUGUCCUUGGGGGUCGAUUCUUAUGCGCAGAUCUGCGGGCAGGCUCUCAAGAGGCAUUUCCUAUCGAAUUUCCGUCGUGAUGUUGCUCUUAAAUCUUGUCUCCUCUGCUUUCAUAGCCAAACCAGUUCAUCGUCUGCACUUGUAGAUUUCUAUUGACCAGAAAGUGCCUCCAAGAUGGAUAUGUCCCAGAACCAGUGGCCGCACCGGCCUCAGCCUCCUCGGCCGAGGUCUCCGUCCCAGGAUUCUCUCUUGACGCCGAUUUCCCCUUACAACCGUGCCGACGCGGAGCAAAUCGGACUGAUGUCCUCCCGUCGGACCGCUACUCCGUCCAUAUCCACACUCCACGAAGAUGCCGACCAGAUGUAUCAAGAUCCCAUCUGGGCGACGCCCUCGCCGGGAGGGACGACCCCGAGGCCCGCAUCUCCCCUCGGCCGGCUCAGCACUGACCUGGGCGCCAGUCCAUUGACCCCGUUGCACGGCGACUCCCUCUCGACUGAGAAGCUGCCGCCGCCGCCGGCGAGCAAACCGCCAGCCCCGGCGCCCACACAACCCAGCCGCCGCCGCGGGCCGCCCAAGUCGUCAUGGUGGUGGUGGGAGAUCGGGGCGUGCGCGCUGAGCCUGGUCAGCACCGUGCUCCUGUUUGUGCUGCUGGCGCUGGUCGAGGACAUGGUGCUCGAGAGCUGGCCGCUCCCGAUCCAGAUCAACUCGGUCAUCGCCGUGCUGACGGCCGUGGCGCGCACCGCCAUGGUGGUGCCGCUGGCGGCGUGCAUCUCGCAGCUCAAGUGGGGCCACUUUGAGCUGCGGCCCAACAGGCUGGGCCAUUUGCAGGACUACGACAACGCCAGCCGCGGGCCCUGGGGCUCGCUGCGGAUCCUGUUCAACCUGAAGGUCCGAGACUGGCUCGCGUGGGCGCUGGCGCUAUGGACCGUCGUCUCGCUCGGCAUCAGCCCGAGCGCGCAGCAGAUCCUGGAGUUCCCGCCCCGCCGCGUGCCGCUGGGCAACACGACGGCCACCAUCGCCCAGGCGUCCGGCUACUGGGCCAAGGAGGCGUUUCGGAUGUAUCCUCUCGGGGUCGCCGGCGAAACCAACGCCGAUCGCUUCUUUUUCCCUCCCAACGUCGCCCUCCCGUUCCAACUCAAGCUGCGGACCGGCCUGCUAGGCGGGCCGUUCACGCCCGACUUUUCGUGCCCGGCACCGGCCUCCGAGUGCGAGUGGGCCGACUUCAGCACACUGGGACUAUGCGCCGACGUCCGCAACGUGACGGCUGACACCAUGGUGUCUUGCAAGCUGCAGUCGUCCCAGCGGGAUGUGGUCUGCGAGUACACAUACCACAGUGUCGGUGGGGAUUCGAAAGGCCCGCUGCGCAUGGUGUACCACAACGGUGACUUCCACAAGCCCCCGCAGCCCAGCUUUGUUGUGCUGAGCAGUGCCAGUGCCAGUGCCAGGUCAAUGGGCGACAGGAGCGGCCCGGGUGCGAGGACGAGAGUUUCGUCAUCCGCACCGGGACGGGCCACGGAUGCUGUCGUGGCCACCGAUACAGAAAUCGACAAACGCCAACUCGAACUCGAGUCGAUGGGUUCCCAAAGUCUACAAAAUUCCAAUUUCGGUCUCGCCGUGCGAAUCCGCGGCGACGCUUUCAACGCUGAUUCGUUGAGUCUCAACGCAAGUACUAGCCAGAACCGACCGCCGCCCGUCGACGUGUUUGACUACAGCUGGGAGUGGUGCGAAAAGACGUUGAGGAAUGUGUCGGCCAGGGGCGGCGAGCUCCACAUCGGAGCCAUGGACGUGAGUCCGCUGCCGAACAUGACACAACAAGGAGACGUGAUCACGGUCCACGGCCACAGCGACGGCAACACGUACGUCUACAGCAGCAACAGGUCCGAGUCCAAGUACUUGAUCGGCCAGAUGAGCCAUAUGCGCCUGAGGCUGGUGCGCGAGCUGUUCUUCGACCAGGAGGUCUUCUCACGCAGCGGCGGUGAUGCCACCAACAACGCCAAGGACGGCCUGCUCGACUUCGGCAUGUUCGUCUACCAGAGCGACCUGGCGGACCUGGCACGCCGCCACGCCGUCACGGUCGACAACAUGCUGCACAGCCGGGCGUCCAACACCAACGCGACGAUGCGCGAGGGCACGGCGUUUGUGGUCGAGACGUACGUGCGCGUGCGCUGGGCCUGGAUCCUGCUGCCCGUCAUCGAGGCCGUCGGCACCGCGGUGCUGCUGGUCGCGUGCAUCAUCCUGACGCGCCGCCGGCCGCUGCUCAAGGACUCGGCGCUCGCCCUCCUGUUUUACGGGCCCGGCUGGGACGGGCUGCCCGACGCCGACCGGGGCCGGGAGGCCGGCGGCUGGGCAAGCGCCGACGCGAGCGCGCUGAAGCAGAGCGCCGACGGGCUGAUGGCGUCGAUUGAGGUCGACGGUGAAGGGAGGCCUGGGUUCGUGACAAGCGUAGAGACGCAAGGGAGAUAGGUCAUGACAGGGGGGUGGUCGGGAAUGCACGUCAAUGGAGGUUCAGGGGAUGGAUGACGGACCCGAUAAUUGGGAAAGGGGCAGCAGGGGUGUAAGCGAUCCACGGGGUGGCCUCGGAUGCGCCACGGCCGUGACACAAGGCUAGGGGUUGAGCCACAGUCAGGCCAUGACAUUCCGCGCCCAAGUGCUAGAAAAUCCCCUCACGCGCAUCGACGCCUGGGGACAAAACAUCUCGCUUCGCGCCACGCAAAGGAUGACGGAUUGAGGUUGGCCUGCGGAAAGGAAGAGUCUCGAUCUCGACCGACUUUCCCUCGCCCAGCGUCUGGAGUAAGAUUACAAGAGAAGGGCGCAGCCGAGCCGGGUGCAAUGUUGUACGAAGAAUCAUCUCCAAUGGGAAUGAGAAAGUAAAGAAGAAAAAACAUCUUGGCGCCAACUGUCUGUCUGUCCUGGUUGGCAGACAUCGCGUGACGUGGAGGCCAAAAGUUGGCCGAGGACAGAGACCAAAGGGCUUGACC